AUGUCUGCAAAUUACACAUGUAAUCAAGUGAGUGAUUUUACCACAUGUAGAUAGAGCAUAAUAACAGUUGAAAUACCUAUAGGUACGCUAUAUAGGGUACACAACUAUAGUAUUAAUCAAAUGAUUGUAUAAUAUACAUUACGCAUAUAGCAUAUACCUAGUAAUAGAAAUAAUAUGGUACUCGUAAUAAUAGUUAUACAUAUAUUAAUACAGUCAAAUACUUAUACUUACAAAUAUUAGGCAGGUAAUAAAAAUGUAUGAUAUACUUAAAUACCUAUAUUAUAUUUAUUUAUUGUAUAAUUUUUUUUUUUUUUUGAAAAUAAGAAUCGUGGAACAUAAUAAUAUUAUACCUAAUAUAUAUAUGAGUGAUCAUAUAAAAUUAAUAUAGGGAGACAAUAUGCGAUUUUCUAAUUAUUUGUUUAGAUAAUUUCUUAUCAAUUAUUUUAAAAAUAAUUGAAUAACCCUAUAAAAAAUGUAUACAAUUAUACAUUUAGUGAAUAAGUACUUCUGUCGGCAUGUGUUAUAUUAAUAUUUUUUGAGGGACUGAACAAAAUAUCUAUCUAAUUGGAUAAAUGCAACCAGUUUAUUUGAGACUUCGAAAUUUUAACAAUUUCGGUGUAGGUUUUGUGUUUUCACAGUCAAGAGCACCUAAGCAAUAUGUGCAUGUUGUGUGUUUUCGCGUAGUCAUAUUAUGCUUACGUCUAACAUCCAUGCCUCAGUUUAAUUACAGCUAUUGAAAUCAAAUGCUAUAUCUAAUCGUGUACCAAGUUAUACUAGUUUUUUUAUGGUUUUUCCUCAGAACCUUUUCUUACCGAACCAAAAGGCGUACCGGCGAUAUUCUGGCUGCUCUAAUAAGAAGAAUCCAGAAAUUCACAAUAUACUUUGGCUAAACAAAACACUAUCUUACGUAACUUAGAGAGAACUUUCCCAUCGCAACUUUUACGAACACUGCAAAUGAUGUUCAAUUUUAUGUUACAUGUAGAAUAGUGAAACGUGACCUUAUUCAAUAAAUAGUAAAAUUACACCACCUCAAAAUGGUGUAAGUUAUCCGUUGGUGACUGACCUGAAGUCUAAUGAACAAAUUCAAAUAAUAUUACAAUCAAUCGUUGAAAAAAUCCUGCAGGAGACAAGAAACCAUUUAUUGGUCAACCAAUCUUAAUGUGAAAUAAUAAAAAAAUACAAAUUAUAUAUAAUAUACAUGAAUCACUAAAUGCAAGCAGGGCACAUGUCCACAUUUUAUAAUUUUUCAGGAGAAACAAAAACUUAAUUACUCUGGAAAAAAUUGAAGAAAAUAAUUGAAAUAAUUUACAAUUCACAUCAUAUAUAAAUUAUAAUGAUACCAGUAAACUAGACAUGUAUCCCGUUUACACAGAGCAAUUUAUUUGUCAAAUCUAAACAAAAAUCUGUAAAAAUGUGAUUUUAUGAAAAUUAUGGACGUUUGCCCUUGUUGUAUUUAUCGAUUCAAUUAUAACAAAUAAAUGGAGCAAAAAUUGUUUUGUUUCACUCAAAAAAUGAAAAAUAAAUACUGAAAUAAAUAUUUAAAAUAUUAAUGUAAUAUGUAUAUAAUAAAUAGUUUAACAGAUGCAAUGUAAGAUAAGUAAAAUAAAACAUUCGCGUUUACUCUUAACUCAAUCGCAAGUACAAAAAAAAGUAAAAUUACUAUUUAGCAUAUAGAGAGUAAAUUUAGUAAUUUAGAUAUUGACCCACUAACAGCUGUGUGGCAAAGGAAACAACGCAAUUCGUGUGCACUGCAUAACGCAGAGCGAAGAUUUCUUUUGCAGAACGGACGUACAGUAAACGAAAUUAACAAGACAAAUAGGAGUAGGUGGAACUUAUAUGUAGAAAGGCACAAAAAACUGAAAAGAGAAAAGAUAACUGGGAUAGCUACCUUUACGCAGGGGAGAUUAUAUUAAGAGUGAAGUGCCUAUCAGAUUUUCAUUCCAAUACAGAUUGGUGGAGAUUAGCAAAAAACUAUGACAGAUUUGUUUGGAGGUUUUAUCUAAAAAGUCAUAGGUAAUAAUGAGAUGAGAUGACAUGGAUUAAAUAAGUGAAAUAUAUUAUUGGUAUAAAUUUCCUCGUGAUAAUUUUUGAAAUCAAAAUUUAUUUGUACAACUGUUAUAAUAAUACUCUUGGCUAAGGCUUUACUUAUACCUAUAUUUAUUUCUAAAUUACCUAUACGUAGAUAUUCUCACAUAAUAAAAAACAAUAUUACACUAGGUAUUGAACUUUUUUUGCGAAUAAUAUUAUUUUUUACUGUAGGUAUCUACAUAAUCAGGUUUGAAAUUAAGUCUAAUUAGUUAAAAAAUAAUACAAAAUAUCAGUUUUAAACUAUAAUAUGUCUUUCUAUAACGGUUUAAAAAUAUAACCAUUAUGUAUAGAACCUCUUUUAUAAACAAAUUCAAUUUUUUUUUUUUUGCUUACAAUAAUACGUUGUAUAAAUAUGUUUUGUCUAAAUAUAAUAAUGGGGAUACAUAAUAAUAUUUUUGUUUGUUGGCCAAAUCUGCAGAUGUUUUAUAGAUUAUAUUUAUUACAAUAUAAUGCUUAUACCCCGCCUUAUCGUAAAAUAUGGCUAUUGCCUAUAAGUACGAUAAUCUAUGUGUUAGAUAUGUUUUUAAACCAAUAAAAAAUAUUAUAAAAAACAAUUUAUUCAAUUCCACCUUCUGGAUAUACUAUAGCUGUGCUAUAGCGCACUAUGGACUAUCUGUGCUGGUGAAUUGCGUAUUUUAUCCUAUAACGAAGGGAUAACAUAAUCCCUCGUGAUCAUUUAUCAACCCCCUUCGAACCGCCUAUAUAAAAAAAUAAUAAUAAACAAGUAUAAUCCGAAAUGACCCAUCGCGCCAGCGCCUUGUACUGCAGUGCUGCAGGUGUUAUUUUGCUAUAAUUUGUAAAGGGACCAGUAGAUAAAAAAAUAAAAUCGUUUCAUGAAUAUUUAAACUUCAAGUAAUUACAGGGUGAUCCAUUUAUCACAAACUAGCGAUUUUAAGUGAAUUUGAUUUAUGUUUUUAUUUUUCAACUAUUACGGAAUCAUUAUUUUGACACUAAUUAAAUCCUUUUAUUUUAAAUGAGUAUACACUUUUGAUUUUCAAAUAAAACCCCCCCCCUUUAAAUUCAAAUUUUAAUAGAGAUUAGAGAAGCGAAAGUGACAUCUCUAAAUGUACCAGCUAGACGAAAUUUACUACCAGAAAUUACCUCCGAUGUUGAUGAUUGGUAGAAUAUGUCUCGUAAAAAAUGCCCUUAUAGACAGAAAAACAAAUAAAAUAAAAAACAAACAUAGCAAAACCAAUAUAAUCCUCUUUUCGUUUAGAAUUUAGUAAUAUAUAUUAGUCGUAAAUCGUAAUUAGAUUACGAUUAUUUUAACAAAAUAUUAAAGUAUGUUUAGAAAAAAAAAACAAUUAUUUUUUUUAGUUUACAAAAUGUCAAUACGCAUGGAACUUGACUGAUGCGCAUAGAACGCCCAUUAAGGGUUGUAUUUUUUUAUUUGCUGUUUUUGACACACGUGCACUAGUAUACAAAUCAACAAACACGCGCGGAUUGUGGGAUUCAUGUGGGAUUCAUUGUCAUUAAUCAAUUUCUAAUAUACGUUAUAUUUAUUUCAUUUCACGUUUCUAUUACUAUUAUAUUAUUAUUAUAAUAAUAUUCAUUCUAUAUAUACAUUGUAAUAAUUCCAUUAAAAUCAAUAUAUUUAUUUUACGAUUUUAUUAUCAAAUGGGACAAGUCCAAUGUAAACAUAUUAUAUAUAAUUAUAAUAUAUGAAAAUAAUACGUCUAUAAUACAAUUAAAACAUAUUCUUAUAACUAAUUUUUUAAAAAACGAGUUACUUUGAAAUCUUUAAACUCAAUUAACAUUAUGUGCCCGUGACUGUGAGUCUGCCAUAUUAUCUAUAGGUAUUUAAUGAAAUAAUACAUCUGUAUAUCAUUUAGCGGUUUUUUUUUUUUAAAUUUCCAUACUUAUAUACAAAAAUACGCAAACUUCUAUAUAAAGCCUGGUUCACACUAAUGUGGUUAUUACAUCAUGGUUUCGGCUAUCGUAAUUAUAAUUUAUAACUAUCACGGAUACAGUGUCUAUAUACGGUAGAGCAAUGAAAACAGAAAAUAUCGUGAUAGUUUAUAAAAUGAACUUCGAUAGAAACUUCUGAGAAUAAGUGCGACACGAUAAUAAAAUAGUACGAUUAGUGUAUUAUGAGUUCAAGACUACACGAUGCUACUACAAUACCACCAUGGCAGUGACACAGUCUCACAAUAGUAAUUAUUAAUUUUAUCGUACGAUAAUUUGAUAGUUACUAUUGUCUAUCAUCCUAUUCACACAACGAUAUUAAAUUUCAUCAUCACGACGAUAGUAAAAUUCAAAACUAUCAUGGUAAUACCUAACUAUUGUAAACCAGGUUCUUAUUCAAAUAAGUCCUCUUUAUUUUUUGGCAUGUAUAUUCUAAAAUAUAUCUAACACAUGAUAUACUAAAAAUUACAAUUUUUAAUUCAUUAUAAUAUGAAAGUAGUGGAUCCAGGGAGGGGGGAAAGUCAUUUUCCCCCUUCACAUUAUAGUACCUAUGGUUUUUCUUGUAUUGUAAUAAAAUAUUUAUCAUUUUUCAUUGCUGUAAAUGGUUUUCCCCCCUUAACAAAAAUAAAAAUAUGGAUCCACCACUGCUGUAUGAUGUAAGUGUACAUUUUGUUUGGCGAUAAAAAGCACAAUUCAUAUAAUUAUGCGACUUAAACCAUUUAGAACGCCGUAUUUUAGUAACAUCAUUUAACAAUUUAGCCGUUUUCAAAAUGCAAUUUGCUUAUAUUGAAAACUAUACGAAAUUGAUUUAAGCCGUUUUUCUCUUGGACCAAAGAUGAUCUGUUACUGCACCAAUAGAAUAUGCAGAUGGAGAUGAACAAUAGUCUCUUGUAUAAUCUCUUGUUUACAAACAAUUGGAACGGCCGUUCGUCAUUGUCAGGGACCCGAAGCGCAAGGUUAUAUUAUUAUUAUAUAUUUAUAUAUACGUAUUUACGAAUGGCAAUAAUUAUAAUAAUUCCGCAAUGCAUAAACGACCGGAUAUUAUAGAUUAUAAUUUUAAUGUGUGCGGACCGACUCUAGUUUAAAUAUAUACUCGUAUGCAUAUAAUAAUAUGUUGGGAUAACAUUAAAAAAAGGGACGCAAUGGUGACGUGCUGCGGCUUUCUGUGUGGAUUUCUAUUGUACAAUUUGCGGGGCGGGUCGUAACGACGGAUGUUUUAUUAUUACUAUUUAUAAUAUAUAACAAGUCACGGGUUUUCAUUUGAAUAAUGUUUUUUUUUUUAACACGGUGUGUUGUGUAUGAUGUAGUGUAUAGGAAAUUAAAACUGUAUACGGCACAAACGGUAAAAUAAAAAUGCUUGAGUCAUUAACGAUCAAUGUCGAGACUUAUCUGGAAAAUCUUUUAUCUUAUCUAGAUGGAAAUGUUGAUAUCUGUCCAUAGAGUAGGUCUUACUCACUGUAUCUCUCUGCCUGAGGUUUAUCAAAAAAAAAAAACUAAAUAUUUUAUUUUUAGUACUUCGAACUUAAUAAAGAACUUAAUGAUUUUAUUUAUUUUCAAAAUGUACCGAAAAACACCAAGUACACCAUCAUGAAUAUAAUAUCGUAUAAGUAGAGAAUGUGGAAAUAUCUAUAAAUCGCCCAAAUAUAAUGUAUAAUGUAUCGCGGUAAAAAUUAUUAUAAUUUAUGUAUUUUAUACCUAGACGGCGGAAAUUCUGUAUAUUAUUAUAUUAUUUUCAGUUCGAUAAAGCGUUCAAACCGACGAGAUUGGGAAAUUGGGAAGUCCCGAAAUGGCAUCUAAACCGUCCAAAAGGUCGUUCAACCAUUACAAAAAUAAUCGCGAACGACAACGGGCAUUUGUUGCCCGGAGUGCAAAAAGCAGAUCAAAAAAAUUGGGCGGGUCUUUACUUGGGAACCUAUCGGUUACCGAAACGUAUCUCGAAAGAAAUCGGUAAUAUUGUAUUAUAAUUAUACCUAUUAAAUAAUAUAUAAUAUUAUUAUACAUUAGAAAAGAUUAAUAAAAAAAAAUAUUCGUAAAAUUAACGAUAAUAUUCUACAUUGUAUGCUUACAUCACUACUGCAGCGAUAGAAUUAUCAAAUCCAAAGUGUCAAACGUGGAUGAAACGCUCGUACCACCAUCCGUUUAUCGACCGUUGCCGACAGAAUAAAAUCAAAACCGAGAAACACAAAAACGCAAACGCCGACGGCGAACCGUGCAAAACGGACGAAGAGGUACAAGAUAAAAAUUCGAUAAAAUCCGUCGAAUCAACGGUGAGUCAAAAACGUUAAACGAAAAAUUCGCGUCGCCGUGGGUUAUGUAUUUGUUUAGGGCAUGGCCGGUUUCCGCCAAAAACGUACCUUUCCCUUUUCCGCCGAUACUCGUUUCCGCCAAAUCAUAAAAGGUCGAUUCCCUUUUCCGCCCAAUGAAAAAAUUUAGCGUAAUUUUUGAAUAUUAAUGGUCAAUCGUAUACAUUACAAUUAUUAACUGGAAAAUGUGAUGUAAUUGGUGAUAGUAUAAGUACUUAUAUGUCAAACUAUGUGAAAUUAAAUAUGAUUUAGACGUCAUCAUUCUAUGAUUCUAUUUCUUAGUGAAACAUUUAAAUUUUACCUUUUAAUGACAUUACAAUACAAACAUUUUCGACCGCUGUUAUUGUUAUAAUAAAAAUAAUAAAAUUGGAUGUCGCUAAGAUGUUUUGUUAGAUUAAAUGUUCAAUGGAAAUGGGUAUAUUAUAAACUCUACAAAUAAAUGCAUUUUUGUAUUGACAUUUUAAAUUUUCAUCAAUUCUUCGAUGAGAUAUUUCAAUUUUAAGUUUGACUAGGAGAGAGUAAUGAAGUACUAUUACAAACGACGCACGCCGUGCCUCCACUUAAAUGAUGUUCCAUUACUUAAAAUUGAAGUAUUUCAUCAAUUGAUUGAUGGAACUCAAACAUCUUAACACAUUAAUUAAUUUAAACUAAUGCUUCAUCUUUAUAAUGUGAAAUUAUUUAUAUAGGUUGUUAUUUGAAAAUCAAAGUAGAUAAUAGUUUCACCUCCAAAAAUAAGGGUGACAAAAAUAACAUUUGUAAAAUUGAAGAGUAGCUUGUUUCUUAAAUGUUCCAUAAAAAUUCUGAAAAAAGUUAAUACUCUCAAGAUAAUGAUUGUACCCACUUGAAUGGAUCACCUUGUAUUAUUAUGUAUAUAUAUUAAAGAUGAUUACAAAUUGUGUUCAAAAUAAUUUUUAUUAGAAGUGUACAGUGUUUUAUCAUUUCAGAAGCUUUUACCUUCUUGAAUUUGGUCAGCAUUUUUAAUCACAUUUCGGUUGGGUAAAUCGAGGGGUAGGAUUAUAGUAUCACAUUAAUAUCGACUUUAAGAGCUUAUAUGAAAUUACGAAAAAUUCAUCGACAUAAAAAACUUCACAUAAGAAACACUGUGCACGUUUAACAACCAUUUCAACGAUACCUCACUCAAAGGAGUGUGUGGAAAAUAGAAUUAUGUCCCUCAGUUUUGUGUAUAGAAAUAAAUCUCAUAAAUUAUUACUUACAUUUUUCGAUUACGCAAUAAAAAAAGACGGACAUCUUCGCCCGUGGGUGCAACCACUAUUGUAGGUGGGAAGUUUGGAAGGUAGGAUACAGCAGGAAAUUUAAUAUUUAUCUAUAAGCAAAGAUAAACCAUUGCUAAAGGAAAAACGAUUCUGAGAGAAGUUCAGUUUAUAAUGAUUCUUUGUCAACAAUAUACCAUAUAAUAUGUCAUAUUAUGGUAAAAUAAUUAAAUAGGCAUAAUAUAUUUUUUAAUUUCUUUAAUACUAUUUGUUUGAAAUGAAUCCGAUUUUCCGUGUUUUUUCUCAGUUUUUCACAUUUGAUGAGAAAACUAAAAAAAAUCGGAAAAUUACUUCCAUAAAGUACCUCCCCUGUUCGAUUUCGUUUUAAAAAAGGUGCUACACUUGAUCAAAAUCUGAGCAAGAUUUCUAGUAGAAAAGUUGCGUAAAGAUUUAAAAAAAAAACAUCAUUGUAAAACCUUAAGCUUCUUCGCUCCACGCAGAAUUUAAAAAUCAUAUUAUAUAUAUAAUAUAUUGUAAUCAGUUAAGUUACUCAUUUAAGUGUUAUACAUAACUAAUCAUUAAUCUAUACGUAUAGAUUUGUAACAUAGUAAACUGAAUGUAUAACAAAAAAACAAAUUUAUAACACGAUAAUAACAUACCUAACCUAGUUAUUAUUAUAAAUAGGUAAUACAAAUAAUACUAUUACUAAUACUUUAUUAUAACUAUAUUAUUAUACUUCCGACUUUUUAACCGAAUUAUUUAUGACUUAAAAUAUAAAUUAUCUAUCUAAACGUUCACACCUAAAAAAAAAAAAAAUUGCAUACACAAAAUAAAACCAUUAAAAUAAAAAUAUGAAUGUGCUUACCUAAACAAAAUUUUUAUAGGGAAAAAUUAGUUAAUGUGAAAUAUAAUAUGCGUGACGUUAAAUUAGUAUAAAAUAGGUACCUAUAGUCAAUAUAAUCUAAUCGCUAAAAACAUUAUAAAGUAUAACACAUAUUAUAAUAGUAAUGAUUAAAAAAAAAAAAACAUGCGAUGAUGCAUUUAUUUAUGAUUUUCUUUAAAAUAUUAAUUUUUUUGAUUGUAAAAUUGUUCUCGAAAAUACAAACUAUUGCACUGUAAUGUGUGUAUAUAAAUUAUACAGAGUGAUUAAUGUGACAUAACACAUUAUUCCUUACUCACUAUAACUAGAUUACAAAUGCAAUACCAAUUAUCUCCUGUUUUUUUUUUUUUUUUAUUGGAUCAAUAUUUAUUAUAGAAAACAUAAGCUGCAAACAUUUAAAAUAAAAGAAUCGUGACGCUGUAAAUUUAUCAGUUUUAAUUUUUCUUCUUUUUUUUGGUUUUUCUUAAUUAUUAUGAAAACUAUUUGAAAAAUAAAAAACUACUUUCUUCGUGAGCAACUAGAUCCAAAAUGUAACAAAAAAGGCCUUUGCCGUUUUUUUAUUAGAGCAAUAUUUCUGGUAGAAAACAUAGGUUACAAAUAUGUUAAAUAAUGAAAUCGUUACUCUAUAAAUAUUUGUCCGUUUAUCCCUACUUAUUUUCUCUGUUUUUUCCCAAUUAUUACGAAAACAGCUCGGAAAAUCAAAAAAAUCACUCUCUUUAGAUACUAACCAGAUAAAAUUUCAUUUCAGAAAAAGUGCUACACUUGAUAUAUCGAAGGAAGAUUUCUAGUAGACAUUUUGUGCACAGUACAAAAAAAAAAUAUUGUAAAACCAAUAAAUUCCUUGCUACGCUCUGAAUCUUAUGAGUUUGUCAUUUUUGUAGGUGGAAGUUAAGAAGGUAGGAUACAUAGAGUAAAAUUAUUUCAAUUAGGUAAAUCGGUAUUUUAUGCAAAGAUAAAUCACUGAUAAUAAAAUACGGUUCUAUGUUCAGUUAAAUCGUGUUUUAAUAUUUAGUAAUUUAUAAAAAUUUUUUCAAAAUUUGAACUUAAAAAAGCUUCUUUUAUUGCGUUUCACUUUUUGCUUUUAAAUCGUUUAUAUAUAUAAAAAAAAAAAUACAAUAUUGCAAUAAUCUUUUUUUUUUGACUACUAAGUAUGACUUUAAAAUGAACUUCCUGUCAAAUUUUCAAGCAUUUCUGUUUAGUCCAACAAUUUUAUCCAUAAAGUAUGUAACAAAUAAAAAUUACGUAAAAAAUUAGCAAAAUUAAAAAGUUUAUAAAUAACUCAAAAAUGGCUUAAUUUUUUUAGUACAUUUUCCCGUUAUCUCUACGUAUUUUUCGGUUUUGCUCAAUUAUUAAAAAAAUUGUCAAAAAUUCACUUUCCUUUCUUAAUCAACAACUUGAUUAAAAAUUCAACAAAAAUGAUCUCUUAUUAAUUUAUUGAAGCAAAAUUCCCGUUAGAAAACAUAUACCGUAAAAAUCUAAAAUAAUGAAGUCGUUAUCUUGGUAAAUUAUUUAAUUUUUCCCAAGUUUUCCAACUAUUAAGAUAACUUCAAGAAAUUACUUAUCCAAUGCACCAACAAUAUCCAAAAAGAUUUCUAGUUUUAAAAUUUUUCACAGACACGUCGAGUAAAAUCAAUACCUAUAUUCCUCGCUGUGCUCAGAAUCUAGAAAUACACAUUGCAUUUAAAAUCGGGCUUUGUGAUUUUAAUCUCUAUAUCGCUACAGUGCCCAACAAGCAUAUUUUGUGUUAUAAAUCCUAACUAAUAUCAUAAAUGUGAAAGUAAGUCUGUCUGUUACAUGUCAGCUGGUGGUGAUUCAUUUAAAUGAGUACACUUAUUAUUUCGAAAAGUAUUAACUUUCUUCGGAAUUUGUGUUCUAUAAUAUUUAAGUAACAAGCCGCUCUACAAUUUUAUAUUUAUGUUAUUUUUUGUCACCCUAAUUUUUAGGGGUAAAACCACUAAAAACACUACCAAAUUUUAAUUUUUAAAGGACAGAUUUUUAAAAAUUCCAUAAAUAGAUAAAGUAUUAGUUAAAAUAAAUGUUAGUAUUGAAAUGUUUGAUUUAUAUCAAGCCGUUGACGAAAUAUUCCAGUUUUAAGUUUGGGUUAAAGGAAAGUAGUGAUGCAUUAUUAACAUACCACGCGCUGUACCGCCACACAAACUCCAUUAUUCCCCUUCAACCAAAACUUAAAAGUAGAAUAUCUUAUCAACUUGUCAACGGAUUGACGGAAAUCAAAAAUGUUAACACCAAAAUUUAUUUUAACUAAUACUUCAUCUAUUUAUGGAAUUUUUUAUAUGGAUCGCUAUUUAAAAGUAAUUAUAGUGGUUUUACCCCAAAAAGUGAAGAAAAAUAACAAAAAUAUAAAAUCGUAGAGCUGCUUAUUUCUUAAAUUUUCUAUAAAAUACAAAAAAAAAUAAAAUAAAAGUAAAUAAUGAAUAGAAAUAAAAACGCCAUAACAACUAUAACAUCGUUAAAUAAAAAGUCUAUUUGACUGUAUGCUGACUUGAAUUAGGAUGGUUAACUUUGUAAAAUGAAUGAAAAAAACGAAAAACUAUGCACUGAACUUGGUGAGUAAAUGAAAAGUAAAAACACAUAAGUCAUCAUCUUUGAAUCUUUGUGUUUGUGAUUUGUAGGUACUAAAACUUCCUAAUAAUUUUAGCGUUAUUAUAGUGGAUAAACAGGUAUCCCACGAAGAUAUACCCAUUGCAAUAUCUCCUGAUAUAAUUAAUAUAAUCAAAUUCUGUUUUUUUAAUAUUACUCACAGGGAUAAUGACCACAAAUAUUUACGUUUGAAUUAAAUUUGCGUGUGUUCUGAUAAAAAACACUAAAAAAAUAACUUUUUAUUUUAAUAUUUUGAAUAAUUUUAAAAUAGCCAUUUUAUAGAAUUUAAAUUAAUUCUUCUGAAAAUGUUGACGUUUCAACUUUAAAUUUUCAUUAAAUUCGUGAUUUUCAAUCAUUUUUUAAAAUUCAGAGAAAAAAACCUAUAAUCAUGCGGGUGGCUAUAAUUCUAAUCGCAUAUUGAUUAUUAUUAUUACUAUGGCUAAUUUACUGUACAACACUUUUAGAUUCUCAGCGAAGCGUGGAAUGUAUUGGUUUUACAAUAAUGUUUGUUUUUUUUCUGUGGAAAUUUUCCUCCAAUUUUCAACGUUAGCACUUUUCCUGAACACCUACAGUAUAGUUUAAUUCCUGUAGGACAUGUAUCUAUGCCCUAUGGUAACACAGUUAGAAAAAUGUAUGACGCUAGAACACUUUUAGGCGGACUACCCAUUUUCCACUUUUUUUUCGUUUAAUAUACUGAUAUAGAGAUACAGGCAAAAAAAAGGGAAUAACAACAUAAAAAAUUGGCACAGGCAUAUAAUAAUAGGCAUUUAGUCCUAAAAUGCCUAUAAGACAAUGGUGAAUUCAUUUUUUGACUAUUUUACCACAUAUAUAUAUAUAUAUAAUACAAUAGUAUGCAUACGGCAUGUCUUUUUAUGUGAUUUCAGAUUUCCAACCGGCCGGCAGUGGCGGCAGCAGACGGUUCCGUCGUCGAAAUGUUGCAAAAUCGUACAUCGGCGGACGAGGCGGACGAGCCUUUAAACUCCUCGACCUUGGUAAAUGAUAAAAGUGAAGGUGUUGAAGGGAGAAGAGGUGACUCGUCGUCAGCGAAAAUCCCAUCGAGUCCCGCGUUGAGCCGAAUAAGUAUGGGAGGUGGGCACAACGGUGGGGGUGACGUCAACGACAACCGUGACGGCAGCGCGCGAGAGACCGCGGUGGAAACACCGCGACUGCCACCGGGUCGACGGUACGACGAUACGCAAAGACACCACGGGUUGCCAGACGCCAUCGAAGACGCAUUGUACCGAUCGCUGCAGACGAAGAGACACAAAAACCCUGGACUGGGAUUGAACGGCUGUUGGCCCAAAUGUUCCGCUGUGGCGUACAAGUCGUUCAACGAUCCCGGGCCCACGCAGUGCAGCAAGCUCCGAGUGUACCGGCCUAAAACGUCAUCAUCGUCGGUGGACGGCGAUAAAAAAGAACAUAGCCGACAAGGCGGCGGCGAUAAAAACUCUCGUCCCAAAACUUGCGUGCCCGUAAUGACGGCCGAUCAAUUGACGGACAUAAAACUGGCCCUGUGCUGGGACCUCGACGCUCCGUUUGACCGGCACAAACCAGCUCGACCGUCCGAUGAGCCAGCCGUGUUCCACAAGGUUCAGCAGCAGCAACAGCAAAAAUCGAGCAGCGAAACCACGGCAGUCAAAAGUGAUCAACGAAAAUUACCACAAAACACAUCGGCCGUCAUGGGUUUUGUGGGAACCGCGGCCAGAAAUGACAACUGUGGCAACGGAACGCCGGAUUCACAGCGGGUACGGAACCACGAGUGUCUUCCGAAAAAUCGUAAUCUGUCGGCCGUCAUGGAACUGAUACCGGACAAAGAUCGUGGGAGGCUUGCAACGGUGGAUCAACGUAAAGGUGAGGAUGUUCGUUCCUCAGACAAACCUUCAUCCUCGUCCACGAGUCGUGACAAAAGAUCUACGACCGGUACUUCUGUCGGUAGUAAUGACCGUGACAGUAAGUCCGAUGACGGCCGCGAUAACGAGACAACGGGCGGUGACGACGACAAAAAUGACGACGGAAAUCCAGAUGACAGUGGUAGUUGUUACGAAAACACGCGGCUACGAAGACGGCGGCGACAGAGGCGACGACGAAGAUCGCCGCCAUCACCGCCACCACGGCAGUAUACCUUCGAUUCUCCUACGCACAGAAGACGCCAUCACCGCGGUCACGAUGACGCCGUGGACGAAGAACGGGUCGAUGGUAGUAGUCGCGGUCAUCGCGGUCACCGACAUAGGCCGUGUUUGGCGUGUGACAACCUUGCAAAUGACGAUAACUACUGCAGAGACAACUGCAACAAUCGCAGCCAUCGUCGCAGUGAAGAACAUUGCGGCGUUGGCGACCGGUACAAGAUGGCGUUCAAGGCGGGCGUACCGGUAAGCACACCAGUCAAAAAUCGCACCACCGCGGCCGGACAACCGGCAAAGCACUUGAGGGUUCCCAAGCCCAAGACCACAAAUUCGGACAAAAAGAAAUACGUCAUCGGGACGCUGCUACCGCCGUUUUCCAUGUGGCCCGGCACCACGGCCCGCGACUAUCCAGAACAUUGGAGACUAACCUCUGUUUAUAGGCAAGCGUUCAAACCGCUAGAGCUUCGCAAACAACCUUUACUCCAAACGGUUUACUUGUAA